CAAAUAAACUAAAACGGUAAUGCUGUAAUACAUAAUAAAUACAUAAUAUCCAUAAUAGAUAAGGGACAAUACAAUGAAAGUCAAUUAUAUUACCCACUCACUCUCACUCUCACUCUCUGCUAUUGUCCUGGAGUUCGCGCACGAGUGCAUAUAAAAAGAAAACAUUAAAAAUAAUCAUUUUGAAAAACCCCCAAACUGUGUCGGAGACAUAAAAUAAAAGAAAAUAAAAAAAAAAAAAAAAAAAAAAUUACCUAGUGACCUAAAACUGUUGAGCGAAUCUCCAGCCCAUGAAUCAUUAAUCACUAUCAUUAUUAUUAUUUUAUAUUUUUUUAAUUGAAGGAAAAACCGAGUACGUAAAGCAGAAAGCCGGAGUUGACAGUCGGUGGUCAGCGUUCGCGGGUGAAGGAUUAAAAUCGAUUUGACGCGGUUUAAGUGAAACGCUAUGAGAUAAAAAGCUCCGGUUGUGGCUUUGGAUUGACAGUAAGACAGAAAAUAUUGGAAAAGUGAUUUAAUUCUCCGAGGUUUGGAAAAAUGGAGGGAAAAAUCCUGGUAGUGAUGACAGUUUUGGUAUUAAACGUUCAGAUGAUUAUGGGGUACGAUGAAACUCGGCAUCUUUGUACGAGAUGGAGGUCACCUCCGAAGUUUGUGCGACCGUCGAAUAAUUAUACUGCUAAUUCUACGAGAAGAUGGAGUAAUAUUAAUCAUAGUAAUAGUAAUAAUUACAAUAAUGUUAAUAAUGUUAAAAAUUUGGACAACAACUUCAUUUUACAUAUUUUGAAACAUAAAUUAAAACUUAAUCAUGUACCAAAAAUACCGACAACGACAUCAGCGACGACACCUGAUUGUUUUUGUGUUCCUUGGUAUCAGUGUGAUAGCAAUAAUACAAUUAUCAGUGAUGGAAUAGGCAUUAUUGAUGUCAGAAUUCGACGUUGUACUGGUGAUCUAGAAGUUUGUUGCAAGCCACCACAAAUGAAACCAACUACGAUGUCGACCCAACCACCAACAAAUCCUCCAACUUCACCGCCAACUUCACCACCCACAAGCCCACCAACAUCACCGCCUACUUCACCACCCACAAGCCCACCAACAUCACCGCCUACUUCACCACCCACAAGCCCACCAACAUCACCGCCUACUUCACCACCAACAACUCUACCUCCUUUUCCCACUCUUCCACCACUUCGAUGUAUGUGCGUCCAAAUAUACCAAUGUGGUAGCGAUGGCUUCAUAAUAACUUCAGGAAGUGGAAUUAUAGAUCCACGUCAAACUUCAUUUCUAUGCUCUCAAUGUGCGUGUGAAGCUCCACUUGUUUGCUGCCGUAUUCCACCCAACAGCAAUCAAAUAGUCUAUCCACCUUCACAAACUUCAAUUUCAACUUCACCACCAACUUCAACUUCACCUACGACUUUAACUCCGCUAAUUUUCUCAACUCAGACUUCUACUAUUCCACCAACUUCAACUUCAACUUCAACUUUAACGUAUAAAUGCGUCCCAAUAUCUCAGUGCGACCCAAAUGGAUUUAUAAUAGUUUCCGGAGCCGGUAACAUAGACCCUCGUUAUCCAGCACGUCAAAUAUCGAUUGUCGACAAUGAAUGUGGUGAAAAUGAAGUACGGUGCUACUUGCCGGCCAAUGGUCAAGACAGUAUCGCAUUUCCCGAUGUUCCGUUCUUCCCGUCAAUAGAUCCACGUGCGAAUUUCACCAUUAAAAAUCCAGGAACUUCUAAAGCUUGCAAAUGUGUUAAGUCUACUGAGUGUCAAGUUGGAAGUGAAGUUCAGUUAGAUGCAACAGGGUUCAUAGAUCCCCGCUUUAGGUAUUGCUUGCUUGCCGAUCAAGUUUGCUGUAAAUUUGAUGGAAUCAUUCAAGUUAUCAGUACUACUUUGACUUCAACUACUGUGAAGCCGUUUUUACCAGCAAGUAACCUCAUUGUUAAUCGAUUCGACUCGACUGCUUCUGUUCAGCCAUUUUGUGGUGUCAAAGGACCAAAAUGUAGAACAGAAAAUUGCAUUGAGGUUGAAGGACAAACGUACUUUGGGGAAUUUCCGUGGAUGGUUGCAUUGAUUUUAAAACCGACAUUGACGGGUAUCAACGAAUUCUUAUGUGGUGCCACGAUGAUUAAUAAUCGUGCUGUACUAACCGCAGCUCAUUGUAUUCUCAAUAGAAAACCAGGACCAAUAAUCGCCCGAUUCGGUGAAUGGGACACCUCUGAAACGAAAGAACCUUUACCUUACCAAGAGUCAAUAGUCCAAGCAAUAAUCACCCACCCCCAAUACUACAGUGGAGGCUUGUACAAUGACAUAGCUAUCUUAAUCCUAGAAUCUCCCGUAACUUAUGCGGCAAAUGUAAUGCCAGCUUGUAUGCCAACUCAAGAAAUGAUCUUCAAGCCUGGAACAAGGUGCUGGGCGGCUGGUUGGGGUCGUGAUGCUUUUCAAGGAAAAUACCAAACGCUGCUUAAAAAAAUCGACCUGCCAUUAAUUGACCGAGCAGAGUGUCAAUCUCGGCUGAGAACAACUCGGCUGGGACAAUAUUUUCAUCUUCACACUAGUUUUCUCUGUGCCGGGGGUGAAGAGAACAAGGACACCUGUACGGGUGACGGAGGCGGGCCACUUCUUUGUUCAAUUUCUUCCGGUCAAUUUGUUCAGGUUGGAAUAGUAUCCUGGGGAAUUGGUUGCGGUGAAUCACAAAUACCUUCUGUCUAUACAGAUGUAGUUAAAUACAGAUCAUGGAUUGAUCAACAAUUAGCUAAUUACGGUGUAUUGUAAUAUUUAAUUAAUUUUUAAUUAUUGACAUAUUCUAUGAAAAUAAAAAAAAAU